AUGGGGGCAAAGGACCUGCUAGCGCCGUUUUCGUUGCGAGACCACGUGGGCAACUUGCUACAGCAGCCGUUGCCCACACGAGGGGAAGGGAUCAAGGACUAUGCCAGGGAGUGCUCCAUCGGCCCGCUUCCUGUGCCGCCAACCCACUUAAGGGAGACUCCGUCAGAAAUGCACGGCGCUUUUGCCUACACGGAGCAGCUCCGCAAGGGAGUGUUGGCUCAGCAGGCUUCAGAGCAAUGGCGUGGUUUCCCAAAAAAUGACCAGACAGAUUUCAAUGAAGCACGAGUACAUAUGGGACAUAUGAUGCGCAAGUGA